AUGGAGCAGGUCACAGGAGAUGAUGGUGAAUCAGGUGGGGAUCGACACACUUCAAUCUUUGUUCUUGGCAGACAGUUAUUUGUUGCCAUGUUGAUGUUAGAUACUUGGCAAUAUUUUAUGCAUCGGUACAUGCACCAAAACAAGUUCUUGUACAAACAUAUCCAUUCUCAACAUCACCGUCUAAUUGUUCCGUAUGCAUUUGGAGCUUUGUACAACCACCCUUUGGAGGGUCUGAUUCUUGACACAAUCGGUGGGGCUCUAGCUUUCCUUGUCUCUGGCAUGUCACCACGUACCUCCAUCUUCUUUUUCUCAUUUGCUACGAUCAAGACGGUUGAUGAUCAUUGUGGACUAUGGUUACCCGGAAAUCUCUUCCAUAUCUUCUUUAAAAACAACUCCGCUUACCAUGAUAUCCAUCACCAGCUUUAUGGGACCAAGUAUAACUAUUCACAGCCUUUCUUUGUGACAUGGAAUAAGAUACUUGGUACUUACAUGCCAUAUGAACUUGAGAGGAGACCGGAAGGAGGUUUUGAAGCUAAGCCUGUUAAAGAUUGCAAGGAACAUUGACAAUACUGUUAGUACAUGUUUGUCAUAGAGUAUGUACCACUGCAAUUUUUGCCUUAUUCAAAUGCCUAGUUACUCAUUUAAUUUGUAUAGAGUAUAUAGUUAAAGGGUUCAGCAUAAUUGUUGUAUAAUUGGUGUUGGUUUCGAGGUUUGAGAAAGGAAUAGGGUCGAAUAAUAGUUUCCUUUUAGACAUUGUCUCAGAUCUGAUAUCUGGUAUAUUCAACUGCAGGCAGAGAUAAAAUAUUACUGAAAUACAUUGUGUGCCUUGAAUUCUUUAGUUCCAAAGCAUAUGGACAUGUAUUGUGACUUUCUCAUUGUU